UUAUUAUUAUUAUUAUUAUUAUUAUUAUUAUUAUAUUAUCGGUUUGAUUUUCAAUAAAUGUAUAAAUAAAUGAUAUUAGUCGGUUCGUUUGUUGAAGUUCUGAGGAAAAUGGCGGAUCCAUAAACUUCUACAGUGUUUUCAGAGCGCAGAGUCAAAGAUCACAAACCCGGAAGAUAAACAAACCCAAAGGAGCUGGGUUGAGGUUCGGUUCCCCUGCAGAAAUGAUACCGGUUUGUACGGCCACACACGGACUGCUGCUGGCGGCUCUCAGCCUGGUUCCGACCCUUCUCUCGGGCUCCUCUCCGCCGGUACCGGACAUCCCGAACAUCGCCGCUUACUUCGGAACCAAGAGCCGCUAUGAGGAGGUGAACCCGGACCUGAUGCGGGACGUUUUAUCGGUGAACCGGACCGUGCUGAGACCCCCGCCCGGGGAGUCCUGCUCCCCGGUCCACCUGACCGCCGUCAUCAGGCACGGAACCCGGUACCCGACCCUGAAGAACGUCCGCAGGAUCCAGAAACUGAGCGAGCUGGUCCGGAGAGAAGCUUCCAGGGGUUCGGAGAGUUCCGAGGGAUGGCUGCGAGAAGUCCGGACCCGCUGGGAGUCCUGGUACAACGAGGACAUGGACGGUCAGCUGGUGAUGAAGGGCAGCGAUGACCUCAGACACCUGGCCCAGCGCCUGGCCUCCUUGUUUUCAUCCCUGCUAUCCGCGGAGAACCUGAGGAAGAGGAAGAUCAGCUUCGUCAGCAGCUCCAAGCACCGCUGCGUCAGCAGCGUGGAGGCCUUCCAGGAUGGUCUGCGGCAGCUCUACGGGCGCCACGACCACCCUCCGGAGUACAGCCACCAGGUGGAUGAUGUUCUGAUGCGUUUCUUCGAGCGAUGCCGUGGUUACGUGGACGGCGUGGAGAACAACCGUACGGCUCUGAUGGAGGUGGAGAAGUUCAAACACGGGGAGGAGAUGGAGGCGCUGAGGAGGAGGACGGCUGAAAAACUGGGCCUUCCUCUUCAUCGUCUCACACCAGAUUUGGUGGAAGCCGCCUUCUUCCUGUGUUCCUACGAGCUGUCAAUCAAGUCCGUCCACUCUCCGUGGUGCUUCCUGUUUGAUGAGAGCGAUGCAAAGGUGUUGGAGUACAAAUCGGACCUGAAGCAGUUCUGGAAGCGGUCUUACGGUCACCUGAUCAACAGCAUGUCCAGCUGUCCUCUCUUCCAUCACAUCUUCAGGACGUUGGACAAAGCUGGCCGACCUCGCAGGGCCACCGAGGCGGCUCCAGAACCAGCCUCCAUCCUGGUGGGUCACGCUGAGACGCUCCUACCCCUCGUUUCUCUGCUAGGACUCUACAAGGACCAAGCUCCGCCUACUGCCACAAACUAUCAAUCACAGCACGGUCGGAGUUUCCGGACCAGCCGUAUCGUCCCGUACGCCGCCAACCUUCUCUUUGUUCUGUACGACUGCCGGCACGGCCCGCGACUACAGCUCCUCGUCAACGAGACGCCGCUCAGGUUCCCGGGCCUGCCGGCCGAGGAUGCUCCGCUCUACCGGGAGGUCCGGGCCGCGUACCGCCACCUGCUGGACGGCUGCGACUUCCGCAGCGAGUGCGAGGGCCGGGCUGAGGGCCGGGGUCCCAACACGGAACUCUGACCCCCGUGACCUCAUCUGCACUACGACCUUAAGCCACUAAGCCCCACCCACACAGCCAUUGACCAAUCAGAGACUGAGGCGGUUAAAACUGUUUCAGGUUAAACUUCGGAUUGUAAAAAGUUUCAGAUGUUUUCUUGAUGAGUCUGAAUCAGAUCAGGUUUCAUCUUCUCAGAGAACCAGUUCCUCCUGAACCAAACAUCGAAUGGUUUCUACGACUCUAAAAAUAAAAGUAAAGUUUUAUAAAGUCUUGACAAACAUUUUUCUGAGUAAAUCAGAGUUUUAAUUUUAGAAACAGAAAAAGUCAAAUCAAUCCGACUUUGAUCAAAUUACGAACUUAAUUUUACUGAAACUUUUUUUUGUUGAAGCUUUGACUCUUUUUUUUCAGCUGAUUCAGAUUUUAUUGGGACUCUUUCACAAUAAGAGCCCUUUAUUGUGAAAGUCUGACAUCAGUGCUUCCUGUUUGGUAUUUAGCUUUUCUGUCUUCAGGGUGAAAACUGUCUUUAAAUGUCUCGAUGCCAAAUUAAUUUAUUUUAUUUAAUUGGUGCUUUAAGUUUGUUGAAUGUUUCAAAAUAAAAGCUUUAAUAAAGAUUUUUUUUCAUUAUUUAAACAAAACUUAACAUGUCUCCUGUUUGUGAAGUUUUUAGUUCAUUAAGUAAUAAAUAAGUUCAUUAGGAUUAGAACCUAUCCGAGUCACCAGUGAGGAAAAUACAGAGUAAAUAAACACAAACAAAUGUUUGUUUACAGAAUGAAAAGAAGGCCUUAUGGUUUAGAACUUUAUAAACAAUGCAAUAAAACAAAACAAACCCAUUUACAAAACAUCCAAACCCAAAAUAUUGG